GAGCCUUCGCGUCUCUUCCCACCCCACCCCACGGGCUGAAAUCACACCGCAGCGAAGGAGAUGCUCCGAGCAGCAGCCCCCUCGGCCAGUGUCGAACAUGAUUCUGGCACCGGCAGGCAGGGGCGACGCUGUGAGAAGCGGGGCAGUCGUCCAACUUCUCCUCCCGCUCCCCUACGGCGAGAGGCCAGGGGGACAGCAAGUGCUCCACAACGAGCCCGGUGCUUCCCCUCCGCUGCUCGCUCUCCGUCCCGGCGCUUCCCCGCAAUGCAGCCCGCCGAGGUAUGGAUGCUAGCUUGGCUUUUUUUGUCUGGGCUGCCUUUUCCUGGAUUAGAGACUGUCAAGGUAAGCAAGCGUCCAGUGCGGACUCGAACCUGUGCCGAUCGACCUGAGGAGCUUCUGGAGCAGCUGUACGGAAGACUCACCGCCGGCAUGCUCAGUGCCUUCCAUCAUACCCUGCAGCUGGAGCCUCUGGAAAAAGAUCACAAUAUAAGUUGCCCAGCAGGAAGCAGGCCGCCUGUGGACAAGAAGUACCGGCUCCCUAUCAACCUCAACAGCAUCUCUCCUUGGUCUUAUAGAAUCUCCUAUGAUCCUACAAGGUAUCCAAAAUAUAUUCCUGAAGCAUAUUGCCUGUGCAAAGGUUGCCUUACUGGUGUUUACGGUGAGGAAAAUCUCCAUUUUCGGAGUACUCCAGUCUUUAUGCCGACUGUCAUCUUGCGUCGAACCACGUCCUGCACCGGUGGCCGCUAUGUUUACACUGAAGAUUAUGUCACGAUCCCUGUUGGCUGCACCUGUAUUCCAGAACAUGAGAAGGAGGCAGAGGGAAUCAAUUCCAGCAUAGACAAGCAAGCGGUUAAAUUGCUGGCAAACCAUAAUAAUGACAAGCCAGCCUCAGAAUGAAGAACUCAGUACUGGUGACAAGGGUUGCUUUGCAUGGCUGUUUAGUUCCACAACUCCCUGGCUUACACAUCAGCCUCAAGCAAUAGCCUGUGUGUGUCUACAAGAGUCAUUACGGAAAACCCACCAUACCCAGGACCAUUAUGCUAUUUCAGACACGAGUCCUUUCAGUGCACAUGGAUCACAGA